GCUUCACGUGGCAAGAUGACGACACCCAGCGUGUGAUGGCACAGGAGCUCGCCAACCUCCCCAGAGCCUACCCACAGCCUCUGGAUCCUUCCAGCCGAGCCAGGUCCCCACAACAGGAUGUUGGAGAUAACUGGCAAUAUGACCUGGAGAACGAGGUGGCCCUGGCCAAAGCCCUCCAGCGCUACCUGCCCUUCCUGGAGGCCCUGUCCCAGGCCACCGCCUCAGACGUGCGCCCCAGGCUGCAGCACGAGAACUCACCAUCCCAGGGUAAGGACCCCUUCCCCGAGAGUGUCCUGACCUACGUGGCCCACACAGCUGCGCUGACCUACCCUCCCAUGACCCGAGACAAGGAUCCUGAGAACUUUCCACUGCGGACCCUCGGCCGGCUGCAGCCAGAUGAGCUCAGCCCCAAGGUGGACAGCACUGUGGACAGACAGCACUUGAUGGCCGCUCUCGGAGCCUAUGCUGCCCGGAGGCCCCCUCUGGUCCCCCAGGAGGGUGACCCAGAUCCACAGUACCUUCUGCAGGACCCCUCAAGAGUGCCCAGGCCCCUCUGGGUGGCAGCGCCCCCUCAGAAGUGGCCCUCGUCUCCAGAAGACCCCAGAGGCCCCCUGAGYGCGGAUGAUGAUGUGCUCCUUCGGAGUCUCCUGAAGGACCUGUGGCAGCGCCAAGCUCAAGUGAAGCCCGUGGGCCCCCUGGAACUGGAGGAGAUGGUGGGCACAAUUGCAGGCCCCAGGCCAGGAGUUUCCUUCUUCCAGGUCAGCCUCCUGAGUGCCUCCCCUGGGGACCGUGUGCAGGAUCACAGGUCUCCACUCUUGCCUGAAGCCCCCACUCUGGAAGAGCACCCUAAAACAGAAGCCAAGAGACCGGAGGAGCCCGAGGUUUCCCUGUCCUGGGAAGAGGAGGAUGCUGGGGUGGAGAAUGUGAAGAGCCACACCUACUCCAAACCACUGCCGGAGCAGCCAAGCUCCCAGCCCCGGGCUGCUGGGCUCGGGGUGCUGCAGGCCUGGGUUCCAGGGGCCCUACAGGAGGAGCAGAGCCCCAGGGCCGGGGCCCGGGCCCCGCCUAGCGAGGGCCUGCAGCUGCAGGUGGAGUCUUCCGAGGACGAGGACUCAGGCUACAUCGUGACAGGAAACGACCCCCUGAACCUGGAGAAGGGGAAGCAGCUGAUGGGGGAUGUCGCCCACCUCCUGAAGGUGCCACCCAGCAUCUUUGAGGAUAUCGAYGUCCUGGGACCAGCAGUGACUUUCAAAGUGAGCACCAAUGUCCAGAAUGUGACAACUGCAGAUGUCGUGAAGGCCACAGGCUUCAGGAUGGGUGGACUUGGCUUCUGGCARGAGAGAGGGACCUCGGUGUGA